AUGGAGUUCUGGUUGAUCUCAGUCCCUCUGGAUAAAGUCAGCUGUCAGUCUUUAGAGAAACUCAAACGGGUCACAGCAAAAAACGAACAGACCACAAGCACCAGAGUCCACAUCCCAGAGCUGAAGGUUGGAACACUGGAUGUGUUACUGGGGCUUUCUGAUGAUCUCUCCAGACUGGAUUCAUAUGCAGAGGGUGUCCUGCAUCACACGUGGCAGGGUUUGGCUGAUGUGAUGGAAGAGUUCAGUGGAAAGCUGCUGGAGAGCAUGUUGCCCAACGCAGGACAGUGCAAACCUCAGCAGAAAGAUCGACAGUCACCAUUGAAAUCAUAUUUUCAGGCAGGACAGGUUGAUUUGGCAACAUACGUGACCAAGUUUCAGUGGGACAGAGCCAAAUAUCCCCCCGUGCAGCCUCUAAAGACCCUCACAGACAUCAUCUCCAAACAAGUUUCUCAGGUGGACACAGAGCUGACGUCACGCAGAGCUGCUUACAAUAAUGUGAAGUCCAGUAUACAAAGCAUUGAGCGGAAAACCGAUGGCUCUUUACAGACCCGCGUGUUGAUUGACAUCGUGAAAAAAGAGGACCUGGUUUUAAAUUCAGGGUAUCUCACAACACUGCUAGUUGUGGUGCACAGGUCGGCGUAUGCUCUGUGGGAGAGGAGCUAUGAAUCCAUGUCGAAGUUUGUUGUCCCUCGCUCCAGCUGGAGGCUGGCAGAAGUAGCAGACGCAGGGAUUUUCACAGUGACCCUCUUUAAGAAUUCUGUCCCUGAAUUUAAAGCCAAUGCCAAAAAGCACAAAUUUACGGUGAGAGAAUACAACCCGGACGAGGCCGAGAAGCAAAAGCAGGAGAUGAGCCGUCUCGCUGUGGACAGAAAGGAACUGUGUAGAACAUUUGUGUGCUGGCUGAAGGUGAACUUCAACGAGAUCUUUGUAGCCUGGAUUCACAUCAAGGUCCUCCGUACGUUUGUUGAAUCUGUGCUGAGGUACGGUCUGCCUGUCAGCUUCCAGUUUGUUUUGCUACGGCCCAAUAAGAAGAACGUAAAGCAGCUUAGAAAGCAAAUGAACUGCUUAUUCAAACAUCUCGACCCGGCAGCUAAUGGGAAAGCUGAUGUGGGGUUUGACAUCCCCGAUGUAAGCACUGGUCAACAGGAAUAUUAUUCCUACAUCUGUUACCCCAUUCAAAUAAAAAUGGUUGACCCAAGCUAGUGGAAAUCUUGGACGUUAUUUGGUCCGUAUGUUUUGUAGAUAUAA